AUGAAAUCUUUCGAUCGGAAAAGACCGAACACUCAGCUAUUUGGCGAAAUAUCGAUUCGCAACGUCAUACGCUAUUCUAUCGCAUAUAAGGCGUUAGAAUUACCUAGAAAACAGCCCCACUUACAAUUCGUAUGGUGGUGGACGGAACGAAAUCGAAGAAAUUCCGCUAAUCCGCGAGGCGAACGCGCCAGCGCCGGAGCGCGGAGGUGUGGAGGUCGGCGACCGGCGGUGGACCCGUUCGGCCGGCGGUCACGCGCUGCCCGUGCCGUCGGCGCUGGGGUUCUCGGUCGAUACGCCCGUCAACUGCCACCGUCCGCCUCGGACGGGGCUCCUCCGUCGCCUUGGUGUCUACUGGAGUUCGUCGCUAUGGUGGUGUCAACUGCAUGCCAUGUGAUGGUCAUGGUAAUCAUCUACCGCCCUUCGCAUCAUUUUACCGCGCUUUUGGUCAAAACAACCGGAAAAAGUCGGAAGGCGACGGCUAAUGUCAAACUAGCUGUGAAGAAGUGCGGAUCGAUGUCUUCGUUGCCGAAACAGUCGCUCAGAAGUUCAUGUGAUCAUCUAAAGCCCUACGUGACCGCUAGUAUCAAAACAAUGUCCCACCGACUGAACAGCUUAUGGCUAAAGCCAAAACAAUGA